AUGCAGAUGGCAUAUCUGACAUCACUGCUCAGUCAAGAUAUCGGAGCUUUUGACACUGACUUGACCACCGCGACUAUCAUGGCUGGAGCAACCAACCACAUGAGUACCAUAAAAGAGGCAAUUGGAGAGAAGAUGGGUCACUUUAUGUCCAACUUCUCCACAUUCUUAGUUGCUGUCAUUAUUGCCUUUGUGUGUUGCUGGGAGGUGGGUAUGAUGGCAUUCUUGGUAGUUCCGAUGCUCCUCGUGGUUGGAGCAACAUAUGCGAAAAUGAUGGUUGGCAUGUCGGCGACAAGGAUAGCUUUGGUCUCUGAAGUAACCUCAGUUGUAGAACAGACUAUUUCACAUAUCAAGACCGUCUUCUCAUUUGUUGGAGAAAACUCGGCGAUGAAAUCCUUCAUCGAAUGCAUGGACAAGCAAUACAAGCUAGGCAAGAAAGAGGCAAUUACAAAAGGACUAGGUUUGGGAAUGUUACAGAUUGCAACCUUCUGUUCAUACUCAUUGACCAUCUAUAUUGGAGCAUUGGCAGUAACUAGAAGAUCUGCAAAAGGGGGUGAAACGAUUGCUGCAGUCAUUAAUAUCCUCUCCGCUGCAAUAUAUCUCUCAAACGCUGCGCCGGAUCUUCAGACCUUCAGCCAAGCAAAAGCUGCUGGUAAAGAAGUAUUUAAGGUUAUCAAAAGAAAACCAGCGAUAAAUUAUGAAUCAAACGGAAGAAUCUUAGAAAAGGUCACCGGACAUAUUGAAAUAAGAGAGGUGGAUUUCACAUAUCCGUCCCGUAAAGACAAGCUGAUUCUUCAAGGUUUCACACUAGUUAUACCAGCAGGCAAAGUGGUGGCUCUUGUGGGGAGCAGUGGAUGUGGGAAGAGCACUGUGAUUUCUCUGGUUCAAAGAUUCUAUGAUCCUAUAUCAGGUGGCAUUACUGUUGACGGUCAAAACAUUAAGGAACUUGACCUGAAGUCCCUGAGGAGAAAUAUAGGCUCAGUCUCUCAAGAACCAGCACUAUUUUCUGGUACUAUCAUGGAUAACUUGAGAAUUGGAAAACUGGAUGCAACUGAUGAAGAGAUAAUUGAAGCAGCAAAAACAGCUAAUGUGCACUCUUUCAUAUCCAAACUUCCAGAUCAAUACUCGACUGAGGUAGGAGAAAGAGGUGUGCAACUAUCAGGAGGUCAGAAACAGAGAAUAGCUAUUGCAAGGGCUAUACUAAAAGAUCCCCCCAUUCUUCUUCUUGAUGAAGCCACAAGUGCACUUGAUUCAGAAUCAGAGAAGCUAGUUCAGGAUGCUCUUGACAGAGCUAUGAAAGGGAGGACUGUUAUCUUGAUUGCCCACAGAAUGUCAACAAUAAUAAAUGCAGACAAGAUUGUUAUUGUGGAGAAUGGGAGAGUAGCUCAACACGGAACACAUGAAGAAUUGUUGGAGAGAAGUACAUUCUACUCGAGUGUAUGCAGUAUGCAAAGUCUAGAAAAGAAAUCCAGCAAGAGUGAAGACAGAUUUACUGAUCAGGUCGAAGAAGAACAAGACAGUGCAACGUAUAAAGAACAAUCUUUUGCUGCAUAUGAACAAGAGAAGAAACCAGAACCGACCUCAAAGCAAUCGAAGCAAAGUAUCAGAAAGAGAACGUCUGCUUUCAACAGGAUAUUCCUCGGAACUUUUAAACUGGUGCCAGGAAAGGUUCUGGUGGGCUCCACAGCAGCAGCAAUCUCUGGGAUCUCAAGGCCUCUAUUUGCUUUCUAUAUCAUGACAGUUGGCAUAGCAUACUUCGAUGCAGAUGCAAAUAAAAAAGUCAGCAAGUACUCAAUUAUUUUGUUCCUGAUAGGGAUGUUAACAUUUUUCAGUAACAUCUUCCAGCACUAUAUCUACGGCCUGGUCGGUGAAAGGGCAAUGAAUAACCUAAGGGAGGCCCUGUUUUCAGUUGUUCUUCGAAGUGAAAUAGGUUGGUUCGAGGAACCAAAAAACAGUGUUGGCUUCCUGACCUCACGUGUUGUCAGUGACACCUCCAUGGUAAAAACGAUUAUAUCUGAUCGAAUGGCUGUCAUGGUUCAAUGCAUCUCUUCAAUUAUUAUAGCAACAGCGUUAAGCAUAGCAGUGAACUGGAGGAUGGGUCUAGUUGCAUGGGCUAUGAUGCCAUGUCACUUCAUCGCUGGCCUUGUACAGGUCAGGUCAGCAAAAGGUUUUGCCACUGACAACUCUAAGUCUCACCGGAAGCUCAUCUCACUCACUUCAGAGGCUGUUAGCAACAUCCGCACUGUGGCCUCUUUUGUUCAGGAAGAAGAAAUACUCAGGAAAGCAGAUUUGGCAUUGCAAGAACCGAUGCGGAUAAGCAGGAUUGAGAGUAUCAAGUAUGGUGUGGUACAGGGGAUUUCCCUCUGCUUGUGGCAUAUGACACAUGCUAUUGCAUUGAGUUAUACCAUUGUGCUACUUGACAGGAAACUAGCAACAUUUGAAAACUGUGUACGAUCAUACCAAGCAUUUGCAAUGACAAUACCUUCCAUCACAGAGCUAUGGUCCUUGAUCCCUAUGGUCAUGUCCGCCAUUGCGAUAUUGGAUCCUGCACUAGACAUUCUCGACAGAGAAACACAGAUUGUGCCGGAUGAACCAAAAUUGAACUGUGAGGACAGAAUUGUAGGUAAUGUUGAGUUCGAAGAUGUCAGUUUCAGCUAUCCCUCGAGACCAGAAGUGAUCAUACUAGAUGGAUUCAGUCUAGCUAUCGAAUCAGGUCAAAGGGUCGCAUUGGUUGGGCCAAGUGGUUCGGGAAAAUCCACAGUGUUGGCUCUGCUGCUAAGAUUCUACAAUCCUUGCAGCGGCCGAGUACUUAUAGACGGGAAGGACAUCAGAGGCUACAACCUCAAGAGCCUGAGAAAGCAGAUAGGACUGGUGCAGCAAGAGCCAAUCUUGUUCAACCUGUCUAUAAGACAGAAUAUCAGCUAUGGAAAUGAAGGCGCAUCAGAAACAGAAAUAGUGGAGGCCGCAAUGGAGGCAAACAUCCAUGACUUCAUAAGCAGCCUGUCAAAAGGGUAUGAUACCGUGGUCGGGGACAAAGGAGGCCAACUUUCCGGAGGACAAAAGCAGAGGAUAGCUGUGGCAAGAACUAUACUGAAGAAGCCCGUCAUACUGCUACUAGAUGAGGCGACAAGUGCUCUAGAUGGUGAAUCUGAGAGGGUGGUAAUGAACACCCUCGGUGCAAAAGGGUGGAAAAACAAGGGUGAGCUCUCAAGCAAGAUCACAAGUAUCACGAUUGCCCACAGGCUGUCCACAGUCACAAACGCAGAUGUAAUUGUCGUGAUGGACAAAGGUGAGGUGGUAGAGACGGGUAGCCACGCAACAUUAGUCUCAGCAAGCAAUGGUGUUUACUCGAGACUGUACAAUAUGCAAAUCAAAGCAGGGAAAGACUGAUCUCAUGAUCAGUCCUUUUGCUGGUAGCAUCAUUUUUCAAGCAUUUGAUGCCAGAUGGGGGGAAAAUGUAAAGACAGAGUUUGACUGUUUUUGUGCCUACUGAAUAAGUUGGUUAUUCCAAAUAGGGCAAAUGCUAUAAUAUAUGAAAGUUGUUAGCUAUAAGUCACUGUACUAAUGUUUAUAUAACUGCGUUUUCACAAACCAGAUCUAAGGAAAAUAAUAAGGCACCAGCGGAACACUGUAAAUGUGACAGAUGCGAUCCUUCAACGUGCAAUGGAGUUAUUGCUUUGAGUCAAAUUUCUAGGCAAGGUGCAAUGUAGCGCCAGUGCCAUAAAACUAUUUUCCAGUUCUUUUACCAAUCUUAGCUUUGUAAAUUCAUUUCUACUUGAAUAAAAAGCUUUUGGGAAUGUGUAACCCCCCAUGUUCCAACACAUACAUUUCUCCGGCAGACGCAUGUUUUGCUUAUUUACAUAUCCAAAUCUUCAACAAAGUAUAGAAACCAUUUGGUAAGUCAAUGAUGUACCGCAACUAUCGAUAGAGAAACUAAAACAUCACCAGAAAAUCCAAACCUAUAAUCCAUAGCCACGAAAAAUUCCCCCCUUCUCUUUUUUUGAAAAUUCCACCAAGAUUUCUCAUCCACAUUAUGCAUAUCCUAGUCUUGAGUUUGCGAGGAACUACGGACAGUGGGUUAUUAUUGUCCAUAAUUGCAUUCACGACCAAAUCGAAGGGAAAUGAUUGUUUGGCACUGGUGCCACACCACUGACAUACAGCAGAUACAAUCCAAGGAUAUAUGGAGUUGUUAAUAUGAGUCCAGUUUACAGGCGAGGCGAAAUGUAGCACCGAGCGUUAUAAACAAAUUCGUUCGCACUCGAAUUAUAAGUCCUUGAGACUCCUGGUGUAUGUCCACCCCCAAUUCGCCAACGAAAACCCUGUCCUGGGAUGCAAUUCUCCAGAAGAUGCAUGUUUUGCCAAUUUGCAUACCCGAAUCUAGCUUUGGAAAACUUCCGAGAAGAUUUCGCCCCCACAUGAUGCAUAUGCUAUAGUGGUAGGAUAUGAAUUUGGAAACCCGUGCCCUCGAGAAGUGCGGGAUGACGCGAUU